CAGGUGUUCUGUUUUAUUGGGUUUAUUAUCAAUAGUAUUAUUUUCUGAUGACUUUAGAAAAAAGAUUUUCAUAAGACCCGAAGAAACAGCAGCACGUUGAGUUGGUCUGUAUUUAUGAUAAAGUGUGAAGCUUGGAAGUACUUCAGUCUUUUACUUGGGUUGAUGGAGGUGGCAUUUUUUAGCAAUUGUCGAAAUGCACCGGAGGAACUGCGCGCUGUCGGCACUUUUACUCAUCAUCUGUUGCGCGGAGAAAAAAAGAACAAACUGCUUUGGGAUGUCGAUGUCAAAGCAAUUUCAUUCUUUCCCAGAGUAAGGAUGGUCUUUAGUAUUCUGGCUCUUGUGGUUUCCACGCCGUUUUCCUCUUCAAAUCGCUUAUCAUGAAGAAGCAACAACGACCACAAUUACCGUCGGUUCCUCGUGGAAGUAUCUACGUGUGCCUGGGGAAAUGCCUGAAACAGCGUAGCAAUCGGUUGGGAGAGCAGUUUGGUAUAAGUAAUACCGUGGAACCAGCAAUGUGAGAUGGCAUGAAAAAUGGCUCAGCUGUACUAUAAAAGGUCUGGAAAUUCAUCCUACCGAGAUCGCAUUCCACUCCGGAUUGUUCGAGCAGAAUCUGAACUAUCUCCUGCAGAAAAGGCCUACUUGAGUGCUGUGGAAAAGGGGGAUUAUGCUAGUGUGAAGCAAGCUUUGGUAGAAGCCGAAAUUUAUUUCAAAAUUAAUAUCAACUGCAUUGACCCUCUAGGCAGGACAGCACUCCUCAUUGGUAUUGAAAAUGAAAAUCUUGAAAUCAUUGAACUCCUUCUAAGUUUUAAUGUCUAUGUGGGAGAUGCUCUUCUCCAUGCCAUUAGGAAAGAGGUUGUUGGAGCUGUAGAGCUGCUUCUCAAUCAUAAGAAACCAAGUGGAGAAAAGCAGGUUCCACCCAUCUUGUUAGACAAGCAGUUCUCAGAUUUCACUCCAGACAUCACGCCAGUGAUUCUGGCCGCCCACACCAACAAUUAUGAAAUAAUAAAGCUAUUGGUUCAGAAGGGAGUUUCCAUACCUCAGCCUCAUGAAGUACGAUGCAACUGUGUAGAGUGUGUGUCCAGUUCAGAUGUGGACAGCCUCCGGCAUUCCAGAUCAAGGUUAAACAUUUACAGAGCCUUGGCAAGCCCCUCUUUAAUUGCCUUAUCAAGUGAAGACCCCUUUCUAAUCGCUUUUCAGUUAAGCUGGGAGCUACAGGAAUUAAGCAAAGUGGAAAAUGAGUUCAAGUCUGAAUAUGAGGAGUUGUCCCACCAGUGUAAGCAAUUUGCAAAGGACCUGCUGGAUCAGACAAGAAGCUCCAGAGAAUUAGAAAUUAUUCUUAAUUACCGAGAUAAUAGUAGUCUUUUGGAAGAGGACAGCAGCAAUGAUCUAGCACGAUUAAAGCUGGCAAUUAAGUAUCGUCAGAAAGAGUUUGUUGCUCAGCCAAACUGUCAACAGCUGCUGGCUUCUCGAUGGUAUGAUGAGUUUCCUGGGUGGAGAAGACGCCACUGGGCAGGAAAAUUUUUGACAUGUAUUUUGAUAGGAAUCAUGUUUCCAGUAUUCUCUGCGUGUUAUUUGCUGGCCCCCAAAAGCAGAUUUGGACUGUUCAUUAGAAAGCCAUUUAUCAAAUUUAUAUGUCAUACUGCAUCAUACUUGACUUUCUUAUUUUUGCUACUUCUGGCUUCACAACGCAUUGUCAACACUGACCCAAAUAUACAUGGACCAGCACCAACUGUUGUGGAGUGGAUGAUUCUUCCUUGGGUUUUAGGAUUUAUAUGGGCUGAGAUAAAGCAAAUGUGGGAUGGCGGACUUCAGGAUUACAUGCAUGAUUGGUGGAAUCUAAUGGAUUUCUUAAUGAACUCAUUGUAUCUUGCAACAAUUUCUCUUAAAAUUGUUGCCUAUAUAAAGCACAAUGGGUUAACAAAGCGUGCAGAUUGGGACAUGUGGCAUCCAACUCUCAUGGCGGAGGCUUUUUUUGCCAUUGCAAAUAUUUUUAGCUCUCUGAGGUUAAUUUCUCUGUUUACAGCAAACUCUCAUCUUGGACCUCUACAGAUAUCACUUGGAAGAAUGUUACUAGAUAUAUUAAAAUUUUUAUUCAUAUAUUGCUUGGUACUUCUAGCCUUUGCAAAUGGAUUAAAUCAAUUAUACUUUUACUAUGAAACUAAUGCAAAUGAUACAACUUUAGUCUGUAAAGGAAUAAGAUGUGAAAAGCAAAACAACGCAUUUUCAACGUUGUUUGAGACACUACAGUCCUUAUUCUGGUCCAUAUUUGGGUUAAUUGGUCUGCAUGUAACAAAUGUUGAAGCAAAGCAUGAAUUUACAGAAUUUGUUGGGGCUACAAUGUUUGGAACAUAUAAUGUGAUUUCACUUGUAGUCCUGCUAAAUAUGUUAAUUGCCAUGAUGAACAAUUCAUAUCAGCUUAUUGCAGAUCAUGCAGAUAUUGAGUGGAAAUUUGCAAGGACAAAACUUUGGAUGAGUUAUUUUGAAGAAGGCGGAACAUUACCUCCACCAUUUAAUAUCAUUCCAAGCCCUAAAUCAGUUUGGCACUUGUUGAAAUGGAUCAAGAGACAUGUAUGUAAAGUGAAAAUCACAAAAAGGCCAGAGAGUCUUGGAUCUCUUGGAAGACGUGCAGCUGGAAAUUUAAGAAAAAACCAUGAAUACCAGGAUGUUAUGAAGAAUUUGGUAAAACGAUACGUUGCAGCCAUGAUUAGAGAUGCAAAAACAGAAGAAGGCCUCACAGAAGAAAAUUUCAAGGAAUUGAAACAAGACAUUUCAAGUUUCAGAUAUGAAGUUCUUGGACUAUUAAAAGGAAACAAAGGUACAAAAUUUAGCUCUGGGGCUUCAAGCAUGAGUGAUGUUGAUGAACCUUUUAAGCAUGACCCGAUUGUGAGCGAAGAAAAACCGAAGUGUAAACUUCAUCUUUUUAAUGUGACAUCCUUGUUACAGCAAAGGCCUUUAUCUAAAGUUCCAGAGUCCUAUAAUGGUAUUGUUAAUGGUUCUGCACUUUUGGUCUCAGAAACGGUAAAAGAAAAGCAACAGAAAAGAGAUUUUCACAAAGACAUUUCACAAUUUGGGCUGUUUCAAAGACAGACAAAAUUAAGUAGCACAGACCAGUACACAAACAGAAUAUAUUCUGUCUCUGAGGAAAUUGGUGAAUAUGAACUUGACGAACCAUUUUCUGAUAUAAAUGCAGUGGAAGCAGACAAAUCAUCGACAAGCUGUGAAUCAGACAAACAAUUACAAGGGUCUGCUAAUGAACACAAACCAUCUUCUGGUGGUAGUCCCUGUUUCUCCACAAAGGUAACUACAGAAAUCAAGACACACUCAGAAGACGAAAAGGACAUGUCUUUGUAGAAGUAUGGCUGUGAUAGUAAAUUGUGACAAUGAUAUCUCCUGUGUAUAUGGAGAUUGUAUUUAUUGUACAUGCACUAUAUACUAAGAUCCUUUGUGGCUAUAAAUUAUGAAACAGCUGUUUCUUUUAUAUAAUUUAUAGUUUAAACAAGCCUCAGCUCUAUUAAUGAUAUUUGCCACCAGAUAUCUAAAAUCUGUUGCUAUAUCAUAUAGGUUGCUACUGUACUGCAAAACAGUACUAUAAUAAAGGAGCCAAUGCAAAAUUUGAGUUUUUGUUUCCUAAUGGAAUUGUUUAGUAAACUUUCCCACAAAUACUAUGGUUCUCUGUUGAUUUUGUAAAAUGACAAAUCAUGUGUGCUAAUAAAAAGUUAUUUUUAUCUGCUAUAAGAAUAUGUACUCUGCAGUUUGAUAGUUAAAAUACCUAGAUGAAUGAAAAUGAAAAUUUGAUAAAUAAUAAAAGCAAAAGUAUUAGCAAUGUUUUUAUUAAACAGUCAGAGAAAAAAUGUGUAUUACUGAACAGAAGGAAAAGUGGCCUUAUAAAAAUCCACUUUAAUCAUGUUACAGAUUUUUUACAGAUAGAUAGAUAUCGUCUUUGUGCCAUAAAAACACAGCAUGAAUAUAAAGUCAAACCAUGUUUCUUCAAUUUUAAAAAAGGUCUUGGAAUUUUAUAUUUUUUUAUUUUGCACAUUUUAAAAAGGAAGUAGGGUCACUCAUUUUAAAAAUGAGUAGCCAUUCAUAACACCCCUCUACUGUACAUCUACAGUACACUGUUGUAGAAAAGUAUGUACCCCGUCCUGAUUCUCUCAAUUGCUGCAUUUUUUUUGGUCUUCAGCCAAAAUCUAAUAUUAAAAAAGGGUGUGUGAAUGAACAAAUAACACCGUUUAAUGACACUGAAAUUUUGAAAGAAGUGAUAAUUAACAGCAACAGCUCAAAAAGUGCAUGUGAAAUAUUUACAGGUUUUAAUAUGAAACGAUGAAACUGAGUCGUAAACUUGUGUUUAUCUUAAACUAGAGGCAGACAUGAAAAGGUAACUCACCCCAGAUCAGAGCAGCCAGGGUAGAUAAGAAUAUGGCUACCUCUGCUUAAUACUGUCAUAUGAAAGAAAGCACAAGGAAAAUUGAUGUUAAGUGCUAUCCAUAUUAACAGUUGGCUCAAAUUUUGACUAUUUACCUCAAUACCCACUUGUUUCCACAAGUCUCACCUCUGCUGUUUUGAGUCACUCAUACUGCAUCGGCUCUGUAUGUUGCUGAUCAUUACAGAUAACAAUCUUUAUGUAAUGUUUAAACAAAAAGAAGUGUGCCUGCAUAAUAACUGCUUACAAUAAUUUAAUUAAGGAUAUAAAAUAACUUGCAAGAAAAUUAGAUACUUUUCUUACAUGUUUAUGCUGAUAUACAACAAAUUGCUAUGAUUAUUGACAAUGUACAUGUAUGGUAUGGUUCUGCAAAAAUCAUAAGCUAUUAAGAUAAAAAGAAAUCAUUUCACUUGCCCAAAUUUAGAUAGUUUGAUCUUUGGUUAUCUAGAUAAUCUAAAGCAUGUAAAUUUGAUAUGGUGCAUAUUUUGUACUUCACAAAUAAUUUUUAUAAACCUGAAAUAGUUCCUUUGAAAAUGAAGAUUCAAAUCCAGUGGGAACUGUUAUGAAAGAGAAAAAAACAGGUUUUUCUUGCCUCCAAGAAUUUAUUGCUUGAUCAAAUAAAAGUUAAAAUAUAAUAAGAAAUAUACUGCAUAUUAGACGUUCAAAAAUAAACACAUAAAUAAAACUGACAAUUUUAUAUCUGACAGGAAUAAUCUCAGGCGUGAUAUGUUUUGAAAUUUUCAAAAGGGAAGUUUUAAAUUAAUCUAUGUGUGUUCCCUGAUUGCCUCUUAGAUUAGCCUUGUCCAAUUGACAAUACUUAACUGGCAUGGGGCAAAAAUGAAAUCGGAUGAUUUUUGGAUAUAAAAUAUUGAGGAUAUCUGUGACUGAAUGUAUGUGCAUUUGUGUAUUAUCUCUUCAAAAAGGGAGACAUUGUGUUUAAUAAUAUGCAACAAAUCCAAUAAAGCUGUUCAUUGUUUGCAGCACAAAAUGAAUACAUUAAUGUAGCCUGAGGCACAUAUAUAGUAUUAAACGUUUAAAGAAAUUCAUGACAGUGAAGCCAGUACAGAUUGUUUCCAUUUAAUAUUUAAAAUUAAUUCAUUUAAUUGGUCUGUUCUCUUGAACAUAAAGCCGUAAACUGGAUUUUGAAGCAUGCAUUUAACUUUAAAAUUGUCGUCACUUUUACCUUGCAAAUAAUUAUUUUAUGAUUCAGAUACUCGAGAGAAUAAAUAAAAAGUACUUUUUGAUUUAGAUAUUCAAGAGAAUACAUAGCCUUAUACAGGAUAGUUUUGAUUGAUUUUGUGCUAUUGACUGUUGCUAAUGUACUGUAUAUAAUUACCCUAAAUAAAAAAUAGUCAUGUCAUCUGGAAUACAACUGUCUAAAACACUAAUUAAUUGAAAUAUUUCUUAUAAUGUACUGUAUAUGUAAUUGUUUUCUAGAUUAUUUCUAAUCAUGGAGUGUCCCUUACCAAUGUAAGCAUGUCCUUUAAAGAUUUAGAUUUUUCAGAACAUGGAUCUGUUGUUUCAGGGUGUUAGCCUCUGUACUGGCUGAUCAUUAGCUUGUACCCCAAAUUUCUUUCACUGACAGUUCUUUUGCAAAGAAGUAACUAUAGCUAUGAGAGGCUUUAUAUUGUGCUUGUUUUGAUAAAACAAUACAUUUGCAUAUUUCUAUGAAAUAAAUAAAUAAAUAUAAAAGCUUGUUUUAUUUUUAUACUGUAUAGGUUUACUGAUUUUUCUUGUUUUAAUGUAGCCUCAGGUGUUUAAACAAGAUUAGUUUAACACUACCAAUGUGUUUUGUGUUAUUAUUGCAAGUUCUUAACUAUUUAAUGUAUCACCAUAUAGUUUAUUGUUCUUUUAAAAAGGAGAACGCAAAUAUGACAAGUAUUGAUUUUAUUAUAAGCUUUUUUGUGAGUCUUUCAUUAUCUGAAAUAAAAUUUUUUUAAAUGUUGACAAGCCUCUUUUCCAACGUAGUUAAACCAAUAACAUAUGUAUAAUUUUCUAUUUCUCCACUAAGGUAUUUCUAACGUGAGUUAAUUUAAAGUAAAAAACUGAAAAACUUGCAUAGAAAUUAUAUUAAUUGGAUUCAAAGUUCAAUGUCCCAACAUAAAAUAUGCAUGGCAUCUAACAAUUUUCCUUUAGUUUAGCACUAUUUUAAUAAUAACUACAGUGUUUAAGCAUUUGGACAUGGAAAUUCCGUAUCUAUAAUAAGUUUAUAUUUAAAGCAUUGUUUCAUUUUGGUCAAAAGGAAAUGCUUUUAAUUGUUGCCUAUUAAACUUGAUUAUUGUA